AUGGAUCACUCCUUUCGCGCUUUCGUUGAACAGCUCAAAGAAGACAACGACCUGGUCGAGAUCAACGAUGAGGUCGAUCCUUAUCUCGAGGCAGCAGCUAUAACGAGGCUGGUCUGCGAGACUGAUGACAAAGCUCCGCUCUUCAACAAUCUUAAGGGCCAGAAUGAUAAAGGGCUCUGGAGAAUCCUUGGUGCACCCGGGUCUCUUCGACGGUCCAAGAAAGACCGAUAUGGCCGCAUUGCUCGCCACCUUGCACUUCCUCCAACCGCAAGCAUGAGGGAAAUCAUUGACAAAAUGCUUUCAGCGAGUGAGCUGCCGCCUAUCGCACCACGCGUCGUUGCAGAAGGACCUGUUAAGCAAAACUCUUUAGUUGGAGACGAAAUCGACCUUACACGCCUUCCAGCGCCAAUGGUUCAUCAGGCAGACGGAGGAAAAUUCCUCCAGACCUAUGGAAUGCAUGUACUGAGGAGCCCUGAUGGUACGUGGACGAACUGGUCCAUCUCCCGGGCUAUGGUGUAUGACCGAAACCACAUAACAGGUCAAAUCGUGCAACCGCAGCAUAUUUGGCAAAUCCAUGAGAUGUGGAAGAAAGAGGGCAAGGAUGUUCCGUGGGCACUGUGCUUCGGUGUACCUCCAGCUGCCAUCAUGGCUUCAUCGAUGUCGAUCCCCGAAGGCGUCAGCGAGGCAGACUAUGUCGGGGCAGUGACCGGCCGCCCAUUAGAGCUUGUGAAAUGCGACACCAACGAUCUGCAUGUUCCGGCCAACGCCGAGAUCGUCUUUGAGGGUACCAUAUCCAUUACUGAACUCGUUGAUGAGGGUCCGUAUGGCGAGAUGCACGGAUAUGUAUUCCCAGGAGUGAAACGCAAGUAUCCACUCUUUACGGUGAACAAGAUCACUUACCGCGACAAUGCGAUCCUGCCUAUGUCUGUCACUGGGCGCAUUACAGAUGAGACUCAUACCCUAAUCGGAACUCUUGCGGCUGCCGAAAUACGCAACGCAUGCCAAAAGGCUGGACUACCUAUUACGGACGCCUUCUCUACAUUCGAAUCCAUGGUCACUUGGGCUGCGCUCAAGGUUGACACUGUGAAACUCAGCCAGUUGAAAUGGACGCCCAAGGACUUUCAGAAGAAGGCUGGGGAUGUAGUGUUCUGUACGAAAGCCGGCUUGCUUAUUCACCGUCUUAUCCUUGUGGGCCAGGACAUCGACAUAUACAAGGGCGAGGAUGUCAUGUGGGCAUUUUCAACUCGCUGUCGGCCUAAUGACGACGAAACCUUCUUCGAUAAUGUCAGAGGGUUUACUCUGAUUCCGUACAUGGGACACGGUACCGGAUCUCCGGUUCAAGGGGGAAAGGUUGUGUCGGAUGCGCUGAUGCCUUCUGAAUACUCGACAGGAAAAGGCGAUUGGCAGGCUGCAGAUUUCAAGAAUUCAUAUCCAAAUGAGCUUCAAGAUAGGGUGCUUAGCAAGUGGGCGUCCUUUGGAUUUUCGAGUUUGGACUAG